AUGGAGGAACAGCGAGAGGAAAGUGAGUUUGUUGGUGAUUGCAAAGAGCCCAUGGAGGAGGAAGCUGGCAAGGGACUAUCUUCUAAAACUCAAACCCUAGAUGGUGAGGAUGUCGAAACGGUAGAGGUUUUGGUGGAUUCAUGUGUUAGUGUGACUCAUGAAAACCCUAAUGGUGGAGGUUCAGCUACUGGUGAUGUCAAUACGGAUGAUUUGGUUUCUGAUGAGAAACAAGUGAAAGUUGAUGUUGCAAGUGUUGAGGCGACUAUGUCUGAAAUUAAGAGUAAGAAUGGUGGUGAAAGUCAUGGGAUUGCUGGAGAAGACGAGAGUGUAAUCUCUACUGGUGGGAAUGAAGUGAUUGAUGAGAAGGAAAAUUGUGAAGUCGAAGAUAACGGCAAUGAUUGUGAUGCAGAACACAAAAUGGGUGUUGAUAGCGAACAAGAGAAGGAAGUGAAAGUGGGUCUUCCUUACAAUGACCAAGGGGAGGAAUCAGCAAAGAAAAAUGAAGAGGAUAAUAACGAAACUGAUAUCGAUAGCAAACAGGCGAUGGAAGAAAACGUCGGUCUUAAUGAACAGGGCAAUCCGGGGAAUGAGACAACAGGUGUUAAGCAUUCAGAAUCUGCACAAAUGCCAGAGGAGUCUACACAAUUAAGCGAAGGGGAAACGAACGAAGAAAAUCCAGGAGCUAAUCGCAAAGUUAGCUCUGCUACUCAAAUAUCUCGUGAAGAAGAAAGAACCAAUGUUAACCAAAAAGAAGGAGAAGCCAUGGAAGUUGAUUGUGCGGCAGAGGAAUCUACUGAUGCAAGUGUGGUACAAACCCAAGAUGUUCCAAUAGCUGAAGCUGACGGGAAUGAUGCCAGUGUAGUAAACGAAAUGGAAAUUGAUGAACGGAAAGGUAAUGCUGUUAUGACAAGCGAUCUUACUGGAACAAUUGAAUCUACUGAUUCAGCAAAUCCAAACAGUCCUACUGAAGAUGCUGCUCCAGGUGAAGUUGAACCGUUGGAUCAUAAUGCUCUUUUUGAUCCAAGUUCUGAUAUUACCAACUUUAUUGAUUUCAGUGGUGUAUCAUCUUGGUCAGGAAAUUUACAAGACCUUAAAACCGAAAUCGGGAACGUAUCUUUGAAAGAGGAUAAGAAAGCAACUGAUAUGGCAGAGGAAGUUGCCACUGUGGACGCUGAAUCCCAUGAUAAUCUAAGCUUAAAUGCUGAAGGUGUUGAAAAUGAAUCCAAUGAAGCCCGUGCUGCUGCAGAGUGUCCAAGAGAGACUUCUGAUGCAAUUAUGGGAUCUGACGAAAACCAAGAAGAUAAGCAAACUAUAGAUCAACAAGUUGCAAUGAGAAAGGAAGAUGACAGUACUCAUGAAGCUCCAAGUAUUGAUCCAAACCAAGAGGAAGAUACAGAAAUGGAAGAGAAUCCAAACAAUUCUGAUUUUGCUGAUGAUGGAACUGAUUCUGAUAUUAAAACCAAUGGUGUAAAACGAAAGGCUGAUGUCCUGAGUGAGGAUUCGCCAGAAGAAGGUAGGAAGACUGUUUCAUUGCCAAAGGUGUCUUUUGCGCAAAGGCCGUCCUUUAAGAUCGGUGCAAGCAUAGCCAGAGCUGCUAGUCAGAUGGCAGGAUCUCCAUCAGUUUUAAAGGGUGGUAACAUUGGUGAUAAAAAUCUUUCUGUUGAGAGUUUUGUAUCCCAGCUUCACUGUGCUGCAACAGAUCCUGCUAAAGAGAACGUUGUAUCUGACCUUGCUGCUGACUUUUUCUUAGAUUUCCGAAACUCAUCAGCUUCACAGCAAGUUACCCCGGAAAAGGUAAGCAGUAAAAGAGGUAGACCAUCCAAUUCUAAUGCAGGAGGAACCAAAGCAUUUGAGUUUGAGGAAAUGGGUGACACAUACUGGACUGACAGGGUGAUCCAUAAUGGCGGUGAAGAGCAAACGCCACCUACUGAAAAAGGAAACUAUCAAGUUGUGCCUGUUGAGUUGAAACCUUCUCAGGUUAAAAAGACUCGCCGGCCAUACAGGAGACGGCAUUCUCAGAUCACUAUUCCUCUUCCUUCAGCCUCAGACAAACCGGCGAACUUUGAUGAGAAUGCCCCAGCUGAGCUUAUUAUGAAGUUUUCUGAAACUGAUACAAUACCUCCUGAGAAGAGCCUGAGUAAAAUGUUCAGGCAUUUUGGACCAAUAAGGGAGUCGCAGACUGAAGUUGACAAGGACAAUAACCGGGCUAGAGUAGUUUACAGGAAAGGUACCGAUGCCGAGGUUGCUUACAACAGCGCAGGAAGGUUCAGUAUCUUUGGGACGAAGGCUGUGAAUUACGAGCUCAGCUAUACAAUAACUGAAGCAUUCAAAGUUCAGCCUUAUGUUGUGUCUUUAGGCGAGGAGGAUGCAGCGUUAUGUCUUCCAUCCUAG